CGCUCCGCAGCCCGCACCGCCCGCGCGUAGGGCGCCGCCGACCGCCGCCGCCGCCUGCCAUGCGCCGGCAAUAACCGCCAGCCGCCAUGCCGCGCGUCAAGCCCGCCUGCGUCCGCCGCGUCUCCAUCGGUGAAAGUUCCGGCUCGUGCUCGGAUGAGGAUAAUAAUGUCUCCGAGGAUCCGCGGGAGCGGUCCGAGCCACACAUGUGUCCACGAUGCCAAGAGCAAUUCGAGAAUCUACACGACUUUCUGUACCACAAGCGAGUAUGUGACGAGAAGGCGUUGCAAAUGGGCGAGGAUAGAAUGCAUUCAGACCCUGAGGAGAUGGUCGUCUCUGGGGACGAGGAAAUGGAUGGACCGCACAAGAGACUAGACCAAGUACGAAGGCAUCGGCAAGAUGCUGAAAAUAAUAACAGCCCCGAAGACGGAGAGGCUGAAGUGCCUGAGGCUGACGUGCCCCCGGUUGGGCUCCCCUUCCCGGUCGCCGGCCACGUCACUCUCGAAGCCCUACAAAAUACAAAAGUUGCAGUUGCACAAUUCGCCGCCACUGCGAUGGCCAACAACGCCGACAAUGAAGCGGCUCUACACGAGCUAGCAGUGUUACAAAGCACACUAUUUACGUUACAACAUCAACAAGUAUUCCAACUACAGUUGAUACGCCAACUGCAAAAUCAACUAUCGUUAACACGACGAAAAGACGACUUGCCGCCGCAACAAAGCCCGCCACUAAAUGAACCCGAGCCAAACGUUCCUGCGCCGACCGCUCGAUCGCCGUCGCCGUCGCCGUCGCCGCAACGUCCGCCGCGGGAGCCAACUCCUGCUACACCCGCCCCUCCCACUAGCCAAAGCUUGCCGUCGACCCAUGCGCAUUUAACUCCUAAGACGGAACCCAUUUCUGUUCCUAAACUCUCGACAUCUUCUCCUCCCAUGAUGACCCACCCGCUAUACAGCUCCAUAUCUUCUUCACUAGCAUCUUCAAUCAUCACGAACAAUGAUCCACCGCCGUCCCUCAACGAACCUAAUACUCUAGAAAUGCUACAGAAGAGAGCGCAAGAAGUACUUGAUAAUGCGUCACAAGGUUUACUAGCAAACAAUCUGGCUGAUGAGCUUGCUUUUCGUAAGUCGGGAAAGAUGUCGCCAUACGACGGAAAAUCUGGAGGGCGCAAUGAACCAUUCUUCAAACAUCGUUGCAGAUAUUGCGGAAAAGUAUUCGGAAGUGACUCCGCUCUACAGAUCCACAUCCGUUCGCACACAGGUGAACGACCUUUCAAGUGUAAUGUAUGCGGGUCACGAUUUACAACCAAAGGAAACCUUAAAGUUCAUUUCCAAAGACAUACUGCAAAGUUCCCGCAUGUUAAGAUGAAUCCGAAUCCGAUACCAGAACAUUUAGACAAAUAUCACCCGCCAUUACUCGCUCAGCUUUCGCAAGGUCCGAUCCCCGGCAUGCCGCCGCACCCGCUGCAGUUCUCGGCGGGCGCACCGGCUCCCUUCCCGCCAAACUUGCCACUGUAUAGGCCGCCGCACCAUGACCUGCUGCCCCCGCGCCCCCUCGGGGACAAACCCCUCCCACCGCAUCCACUUUUCGCGAUGAGAGAAGAACAAGACGCUCCGGCUGAUCUCAGUAAACCUUCUGCGCCGAGCCCCACUCGAUCCGUACCCGAAGUAUUCAAGUCUGAACCACAAGACGAGGAGAGCCAACGAGAUUCCAGUUUUGAAGAGACUGAUCGUGUAACGCCAAAACGGGAACCCGAAGAAAACGACACAGCACAAGAUCCUGAGCAAGACCGAUAUCCCUCCACGUCUCCUUACGACGACUGCAGCAUGGACUCUAAAUACAGCAAUGAAGAACAUAUUGGCAGAGAAAGUCCACACGUCAAGCAGGACCCGGAUCAACCGGAAAAUCUCUCAAGUAAGAAUUCAUCGCUAUCUGGACCAAUUUCAAUAGCAACGGGGCUUCGAACUUUUCCUUCAUAUCCUUUAUUCCCCCAUUCACCACCUAGCAGUGUUUCCUCGGGUAGUUUGACUCCUUUCCAUAAUACUCCUCAUAGUGUCGUUGACGUGGACCUAGCUCGGGAUCCUUUGUUUUAUAAUGCGUUAUUACCGCGACCGGGCAGCAAUGACAACUCGUGGGAAAGUUUGAUAGAAGUCACAAAAACGUCAGAAACGUCGAAAUUACAACAAUUAGUAGAUAACAUCGAUAACAAGGUAUCCGAUCCAAACGAAUGUAUAGUAUGUCACCGAGUGCUUUCUUGUAAAAGUGCGUUACAGAUGCACUACCGCACACAUACCGGGGAAAGACCUUUUCGAUGCAAAUUGUGCGGUCGCGCUUUUACGACCAAAGGCAAUUUAAAGACACAUAUGGGCGUUCAUCGCAUAAAACCGCCCGGUCAAAUGUUACAUCAGUGUCCAGUAUGCCAUAAGAAAUUUACCGACCCUAUAAUACUACAUCAGCAUAUACGUCUUCAUACGGGUGAGCGUCCGGGUAUUCCUUUUGAUCAAAACCGCAACGUAGACGUUAACGGCUUCCCACACAUGACGAGCGAGCUCGAUGUCAGCGAUAGUCCUCCGUACCGUCCCGUGCCUCCUCCACUGUUUCCCACUCCGUCCACUCCCGGCGACCGACGGGCGGACUCCCGCGGGACCGACGAUGAGAGCGGCCGGGACGAGCGAGAGCCCGCUAAACGGGAGUUCGACGAUGAAUCAGAUAUAAAGGAUCGUCGAACUUCGCCGCUCUCCGUCAGCGCCUCGGCGUCCGAAAGCGAAGUAAAAACCAUCACCACAACGGCUUCCCUCCCAUCGGCGACAGGUUCUGAGAGCGGGCGCAGCGCGCGAGGCUCGCCGCCGUCGCCCGCGCUGUCGACGUUGUCGACGCCGCCGCCGCGCCUGCCGCACCACUCGCCGCUGCCAUCGCCCCCCGCGCACCCCGCGCCGCUCGCCGCACUAGGCGCUCUCGGAGGAUCGCCCUUCAGCCCGCUCGGACUUGCGUUUCCUCCCGCAGUGCGCGGCAACACGACGUGUAACAUCUGCUACAAGACGUUCGCGUGCAACUCUGCGCUGGAGAUCCACUACCGCAGUCACACCAAGGAGCGCCCGUUCAAGUGCACCGUCUGCGACCGAGGGUUCUCCACCAAGAGCAGUGGCGGCACUUGCCGGUGCAGGCGCCCGCGGGCCCCCCGCCCCCCGCACGCCACUGCUUUGGACCUCUGGAACGCCUUCGUCUAUCCGGGCAAUAUGAAGCAGCAUAUGCUGACGCAUAAGAUCCGGGAUAUGCCGCCGGGUUUCGACAAGUCUUCAAGCCAGCCGGCGAGCGGAGACGAUGGCCGGGACCAGAGCCCCGAUAGGCGCUCGUCACCAGACAAGCUGGAUCUGAAACGAUCGUCGCCCGCGCAUCCGCCGCCUACCAUGACGCAUGCGCCACCCAUUGAUAUGCCGCCGAUGCCGAAGCGACCUUCAGUGCCGAGUGGGCCGCAACACCCGCCACCGCCGGUGUCGUCCAAGCAUCUAUGCGGAGUGUGUCGCAAGAACUUCUCGUCGUCAUCAGCUUUGCAGAUCCAUAUGCGCACGCACACAGGAGACAAACCGUUCCGUUGCGCCGUCUGUCAAAAAGCCUUCACCACCAAAGGCAAUCUCAAGGUCCAUAUGGGUACCCACAUGUGGAGUGGCGGCGCUUCACGGCGCGGUCGGCGUAUGUCGCUGGAACUACCGCCGCGACCUCUUCACGAGCCGCACGACCUGCUACGACGCCCCGACCUCUUCUACCCUUACCUGCCCGCGCCUUUCCUUAACGGCAUGCAGCAAAAGCUGAACGAGAUAUCAGUGAUACAACAGAGCGCGGGCCAGAACGGCGUAGCUGCGAAGUUUCCGGGACUUCUAGGCUUCGGUGCGUUCGCAGGCGCUCGGCCCGGGGCGGCGUCCCCGCUGGAGAGGCCGCCGUCACUGGAGGGGGGGGAUGAACAGAGGCAAGCGGCCAUGAGGGAGCUGGCGGAGCGCGGCCGUGAGCUGGCGGAGCGCAGCCGGCAGCUGCGCGAGGAGGCCGAGUACCGCUCGCCGGGCGCGCACGCGGCGCACGCGCCGGCGCCGCCGCAGCCCUCGCCGCCCGCGCCGCUGCACCCGCACCCGCACCCGCUCGCCUCGCUGCCGCCGCCCGCGCGCACCGAGGGGCUCACCGUCUAACCUAAACGGUUCCAAACACACAUUCCAACACACCUCGAUCUGAAUUUGGAACGAACGCCGAUUCUACGAGAACCGCACGGAUCGAGAAUCGAGACACCGCCCGGGCGGUGUCGUGUCUAUUUUGUACAAAGGACUUAGUCGUAUAGGGAAAUAAGGGACUGAUAAAUCACGGCGACGCGAUCGUCUGUUAUAGCGUAAUAUUACGAGCGAAGUGUAGUGCUAUGUAACAAAUUGUUAUUCCGUGUUAUUAUGCCUAGUAUUAUUGUAAGUAACUUAUAUGCAUGUACGGGCCUGGGGCAAUCGGGGCUCGGCGUGAGUCCCACGUUUAUGUCAUUACUCUGUGAUAGUGCACAUUGGGCGACCGCGACUGCGAGCGGCCGCGCCCGCGGGGUCGCUCCGGUAUACGACAUCCACAGUAGACGCGGUCUGAUGUGCUAUGACAUCAAAAAAUAAAUAUAAAUUAUCCCAAAAAUUAAUUAAAUUCUUAAAUCUAUAUCUUAAAUGUACAUAAAAUGUAUAAUAAAUAGUAUUAUAUAACAGAUAGAUAUAAAUAUUGAUAUGAAAUAACGUAUUAUUGUAUACUAUUAAAUCAGCUGGAGUGCGUUAUGCAUGAUUUUAUCUUAAUAACCACAUUCCAAGUGAUAUAAAUCAACAAUAUCCUCAACUGGUUCUACUAAAUACAAUUCUAGAAAGUUCGUUCAAUCGAGUCUAUUCUGGAUACCUACCUACUCAAUAGAAACAGUGUAACCCUAAAUUUGUAAAAUCUAUUGUCACCGGUAAUUGAAUAUACCUACAUUUAAUUAUUAUAACAGAGGUUAAUGACAUAUUCAUAUCAUGUAAAUUAAAAAGUAUUUGCAUUUGAGGUCUACAUAGAUGUAAGUAUUUAGAGUCAUAGCUAUUAUAUUGCUUUAGAAUACUUCAACAUAUCUUUGUAAAAUAUGAGCGACUGGUGUUAUGACAAAAUAAUAACUUCUUGAACGUUUCUAGGUACAAUUAAGAGCGUAGUUUCACCGGCACUCAACAGACUGACUUGUUUCCAAUGUCCACGUGUUAAGACAUUACUUUCCAAAUACGCAUUUCUCGAUGCUUACUAGUAGUCGCCGAUAGUGAAUUGAUACUACGUUUAUCCUUAAUUUCCUUAUUGUGUAUAUUUUAUAUCGUCGACCUACUACUUAUCUGUGUAUACAUGUCCUUCUAAAUUAUUUAUAAAAUUAUAAAUCAUGCAUACACUCUUAGUAUUAAAGGAACGCUUGUGAGGUAAUAGGCCCACGCAACAAUUUAGUUGUCUAGAGUAAAUUCUCAUAGCACCUACAAGUUAUUUUCAAGUUGCAAAUAGAUAUUAGAGAGUAGUAUUAGUCAUGAAUAUGAUGUGUCAUGUCAUGUCAGUAUAAAUAUUCAUUGUAAAUUAUUAAAUGUUUAUGUAAAUGUCCAAAAAGUAUUCAAAUUAUUUAAAAAACGAUUAUACAAAUA